UAAAAAAUGAAUAACUUCAAGCCUGUAUCAAAACAAGUUUAUUGAUUGAAAUGAAGUUAAUUUAUACAGUUGUAAAUUUUUUAGUUGAACUCUGCACAGAAGACUUUUUUGCUUUUUUUUUUAAUUGAACAUAACUAUCUCUUUCUUUCUUAUGGUAAGAAAUUUAUGAGCUGCCAUUCUUUAAAUUAUAAGUUCAAAACCAGACACAAUUUAUACGUAAUAAUUUAAGUUGAAAGAUAAUUUGCAGAGGAGAGGAAAUUUCAUUGAAAACUGUUGAUGAACAAAUUUAAAUAUAAAUACUAUAAGGAAUAUUAUAUAAUCGUUUUAAAAGACCUUAGAGUCUACCAGAUCUGGAAAACAUGGAAUAGUCAGAUAUUUUGCUGACUGGUAUGCUAGCGUGACUUUGUUGUUUUGAUUUAGAAUCAUUAUUUCGCACAAUAACUUUAUAUAGUAAUGAUAGAUAUGUACACAAGUAUAUUGACGACAUAUCACACGUACUAGAGUGUGUUCAGUAAUUUUUUUGUGCCAAACUAUAAUUUUUUUAAAUUUUUUGAGCAAUUAUUUUUUUUACUUAUAUUAUAUUCUUGAAACUAUUUAUUAAAAAAAAAUGUUUGUGCCAAUAAAGAGAAUCUCUGCUGCUUUGAUGGGCACCCUGGUUGUGUUCAUAUUUUACUAUUCAGAAUAUAUUUCUUAUUUGACCAGAAAUACUAAACAAAAAAAAUUAUGAUUUGAUUUGAUGAGGAUGAUGUAGCUUUGGUUUUUCUUAAUUAAAAACAAUAACACCAUGAUAUUUUAUGUUUAACUACGCAUACAGAUUUAAAUCAAAACAUUAAACCAUUACAUUUUCUACACUUUAUAAAUUCCUUUCAAGGCGUAUCCAUUGCAAUAGGAUCCGAAAUUCCCAUACUUCCAACCAAAAAGAAGUAUCCGUUACUAGAGCUUUCACAGUUUAUGAAAGUGAAAUUGUUAUAAUUUUCGCUAAAAGCAGUUACAUUUGUCUUCAAAUUGUAAAUUAAUUGAGAUAAACUUACAAUGUUGUUUGUGUUGAUUAUUAUCUAAAUAACAUUUAUUAAUUAAUUAUAUAAUUAUUAAAGAUUUCUUUGAUUACAGCUUUCUACCAGUUCUUUACUUACUACAAAGUCAGAUGAAACUAAUGAUGAAGAAUCAAUUAGCAAUGAUAUAUCGAAACAUAUUGAUGUGGAGCCUUCAGGUUUAAUUAUUAUAGAUAAGGAUUCUGAAGGUAAGUUGUAUUAAUAUGAUUUGCCUUAAUUAUAGUAACUAUUAUAACUUAAUUACAUUGGUUUUUGUGGCAGUACUUUGCGAAGCUGAGCUGCGUAGUGCUUGGGAAAGACUUGGUGUUGGUACAGGUGGAUAUAUGCAUAAGAAUGAAUUAGCCAUGGUUUGUUCAGCUGUUGGAAUGGAUACAUUGGCUGAUCAGGUUGUUUCCCAAGUUUUCUCAUCUUUAAAAACUGAUGAAGAAGGUCGUAUUAGUUUCGAAGAUUUUUUGGAGUUUUUUAAAUCGAAAAUUGAAGAACCAACGCAAACACCUCAUUUUGUUCAGUACAGCAAAUCGCCGAACAUAAUGGAUCUUUGUGAUUUUCCUCAUGCUGGGAACAGGCGUCUCCUCCAUGAAUUACAAACACUUAAGUGUGAAUUAGAAGCAGUAACAGAAGAGAGAGAUAAAUUGAAAUCUGACUUAGCUGAUGCUGAUAGAAGGUCAACAUUACUUGCUCAAGAAAUUGACGAAAGACACGCUAGAAUAGAAAAAACAGCUGCUUUGACUGUAGAGACUCUCGAACAAAAGCAUGCGGAGGAAAUAAAACUACUAAAGAAACAAAUGGCUUUUGAGAGAGAACAGCUUGUUGCGAAUAGUCAAAGAUUGGAGGAAUCACUUGCCAACCAUGUUGAACAGCUUAGUAAAGUUUGGCAAGAUCUUACUUCUUUACAAAAGGAAUACGAGAAUCUGGAAAAGGAAAAUCAAGCUCUGACUAAGAAGUUAAAUGCCAACGAUGCAAUCAGGCGGGAAUAUCAAGAACAGUUGGAGUGUAUGGAAGCUUUACAUCAAAGGGUGCUGGAGUUGGAGUGUGGAAAUGAAAAGGCUGAAAAACUUCAAGAUAAAAUUAAUCUUCUGCAGACAGAAAAUACAGAGCUUAGAGAUAAGAAUGAUGAGUUAACAUCACAAAUAGAGCUUCUAAUCUGUAGGAACUCCAAAAGGAGAGAAGGCAGUUGGAGUUCUUUUGAGUACGGAGGUGGUACAAAAAGGCGUGGUAAAUCUCCUGUCAGGUUUUCCGAUAACAGACUUGGAAAGGUGCGAAGAUGUUGCACAGAAACUGACCUAACAUUGCAUUCUCCUGGACAUCUCAGUUUACAAAAGACAGAACCAAGUGAAAACGGUUUGGAAGAUGAUCUAUCUACUAUGCCAGCUACUUCAUUAGACAAUGAAACAGAUUGGGAACUAACUUCGAACAGUUACGAAAAAAUUGAAGGAAUGAAGUCCUAUAUUGCAGAACUGGAAGGGAAGCUAGAACAUUACCAAUUAGAGGACUGGCUAUUGAUGCCUAACUACAAGGCAGAAGAAAAGAUCAAUGAGACUGAUUUAACAGAGCCUUCAUUGACAACUGCUGAGACAAGCAAUGCUUCUAGUACUUCUAUACAAACAAUCUCUGGACAAUUUACUGAUAAGUCGGAGAGUAAUAGUUACUUAGAAGUAGGAGUUCAAACACUAGGAGUACAUUGCCAUCAAGUAGAAGGAGAAUUAGAAUUAGUUAGAUCAAAGAUUGUAGAAAUAUUAUCCGAGAAGAAAGCUUGUUCGGAAGAGGUUUGUGCUUUAAAAUUGCGCCUUGAAUCGUUAAUGAAUGGAAUAACGCGCCCAAACAUGGAUUGUUUGAGGUGUAAGGCUUCUUCACUAUCCAGCCGAGCAGAAAUAGACGCUUUAAAAGAAGAAAAUAUUUCUCUACUCAACCGUUCCUCUGAGCUCGAGAAUAGCCUCGAACUGCUUAGGAUAGAAUACGAAAAAACUGAAGAUUAUUGGGAAAAUAAGUUGGACGAAGAAAGAAGGCUAUUUGAAUUAGACAAAGAGCAAAACGAUGAAAAGUUUGCUGAAUUAGAAGCAAAGAUUUUGGAAUAUGAUGAGCUGAUAGCGAGCGAUCAAGCAAAGAAACUAGUUCUCCCUCCUAUUGAAGAAAGGGAUUUCUUAGAAAAACAAUUUACAGACUUAGAAGAAGAAUAUGAUGCUUAUAGACUAGCGACAGAAGAAGAAUUAUCUCUCAAAGAAAAUGAAAUAACUGAACUCAAAGAAAAACUAAAACUUUUUGAGUCAGAACAUAUAGAGAAAAAAGAUGAGCAAUGUCAAACUGAAAGUCCAAAAUGUGCUGUAAAACCCAGAGUGCCAUCUACUUCAUACAAAACAUCAGAUUUUCAUAAAAAGCCGGAAAGUUGUAGUUGUGGAGCUAAAUCAAAAAUAAGAGAUAAAUUAAAAGCAGAAGUUGAUGCUCUUACUCACAGGAAGCAACUCUUGAUGGCACAAAUCACCUCUCUCCAAGCACAGCCUCACCAGUUGGGAGCUCGCAUUGGCGGAGUUGGUGGAAAUCUUGGUGUGUUUCAAUCAUUAUCAAAUAGAUUGAGGCAACAAGAGCUGAGGUGCCGUGAGCUUCAAUCCGCAUUGAGGAGUCAACAAAAAGAAACGGAAACAAUUUUACAAAAAGCUUGGGAAAGACAUAAGAUAGACCUCACAACUAUUCAAAACUCUUUGAGGGUCACCCAAGAGAAGCUGCAACAACAAAAAAAGAACACAAAACAACAGCAACUCCAAGUCUAUCUGCAUCAGGGUCAUUUGCAAGGAUAAUUGGUGAGCCAUUAAGAUCUGCUGUUUUAAAAGAAAGAUCAAGAGCACUCUUUCCUUCCUCAGGAUUGGGAAACUUGACUGUUGGAAAUUCAGGAUCAGGGUCAAUUUGUUCUUUAACAGGAGAUUGAAGAAUAAGAUGUGGAGAUGAUGGAUGAGAUAAAUGAAGAUGAAACAUUCGAGGGAUUGUUUGGAGUAUGAGAAAAAUGGUUUUGAGAUGGUGCCCUAAAAGAAUGGAGUUGUCAUAUCAAAAUAUUGGAGAGUCCCUACCAUUAGAUUAAAAAUGUUGAAUAGUGGUUGAACAAAUACAGAGAAUUUUUUUUUCAAGUGUUAAUAAAACAAAAAAUCAUAUUAUUGUUUUCUUUACUUUGUCUGAUAUUUGAUUCAAUAACGUAGGUCUUCAUUGGAGUUACAUCAAGUUUUUUAUACAGGAUUCUGUGCAAUAAGGUACUCUAGUAUAUCUCAAUAAAAACUAGAACAAAGUUUUCCAACAUUAUAAUGAAAGUUUCAAUCAAAUCAAAAUCUUUUAGAUACAUUUGUUACAUUUUUUUUCAUGAAUUUAUUUCAUUAUAUCAUUUUAGGAAAAUAGAAAAAUAAAUGUUAGGUUAUAAUUGGAAAAAUCCAACCAUACCUUUGUGUCUGCAGGUAAAGAAGAAAAUAACCUGUCAACAUUUUGCCAAUUCAGGCUUCAUCAGGACAGAAAAAAAAAACAAUCAAACUCAGAUCACAUCAUUCCAUGAUAUCUAAUUGCAUACAGUGAUACAGUCUCAUCCUGUUUUUCAACCCCAGGUAGAUAUGUAGAGGUUGCCAAGAAAUUACAAUUGGCUGACCAAGGAGGAGGGAAUCGAACCCACAAUGUUACGAAUUGGGCACUCUGAGAACCACGCCCUAACAUGCUCGGCAAUCACGUCCUCAUAAUAUACAAUUACAUACUAUUACAAAAAAAAAAAUAAAAAAAAAAUAGACUAGUAUUUUGGCAUUCUCUUAGAAGACAAAUGUCGAACCCACAUAAUUGACCUAAAAGACGAGAGUUCAACUGAUGAUAUGGCCAACUAUUUUUUUUUUUUUUUUUUUUUUUAGGUUGGCUCUGCAGACCUUGUAGAUCUUUGGCCGCCUGAACCAUCCUUCUCCACCUCUGCCUAUCUUGGGCUACUGCUUUCCAGUUUGCGGCAUGAAGCUUAGCCGUAUCUUUGUUUAUCCUAUCUAUCCAUCUGGUUUUUGGCCUCCCACGUGGUCUCUUGCCUACUACUCUGGCAUUCAUUGUCGUGUAGAGAAGUCACGUCCUGAUGGAUUACUACGAGCUACAUGCCCUACCUAUCUUAACCUCCUUGCCUUCAUGUCAUGAGAUAUUGGCUGACCAGUUUCUUUCCACAGUUCUUUAUUGUUCCUUCUCCUCCAUGUGUCAAGGUUCUGGACCCAUAUAGGUCCUGUUAUCCUACGUAGAACUUUUCUUUCAAAUCUCUCAAUUCUGGCUUCUAAUGUGCCGGUUAGAGCCCAGGUUUCACAACCGAACAGCAGAGCUGGCUUAAUCACGGCGCUGUACACCCUUAUUUUGAGAUUUCUGGAGAUUUUUCUGGAUUUCAGUACCUUUGAAAGAGAGAAGAAAGAUCUGUUCGUACUUGUUAUUCGCUGGUCUAUCUCUGUUAGUUGAUCAUUUAUUGAGGUUAUUGUGGAGCCGAGGUAUUUGAAUCCGUCUACUUUUGGGAAUGACUUAAAAUCCACACAGGUCAUGUUAUUAGGGUGGAUGUUUCGGCUAACUAUCAUGUAUUUAGUAUGUGUUUAUAUAUAUAUACUAUUA